GCUCAAAAGAGUCCAUUGAAGAUAGGCAGUAACCGAACCCCAGGCCCAAAAGUUCCUAGGUUUUUUUGAGAAGCUUAUUUAAUAUAAACGAAGCUAACCCUAAAAAAUUCUACAGCUUUCAUUUGUAAUUGAUAGCCGCCCUUCUCUCGCUAACAGGUAAGACAUGGUUAAGCAUAACAAUGUUGUGCCCAAUGGUCACUUCAAGAAGCACUGGCAAAACUAUGUCAAGACAUGGUUUAACCAACCAGCUCGAAAGACCCGCAGACGCAUUGCUCGUCAGAAGAAGGCUGUCAAAAUCUUUCCCCGGCCUACAGCUGGACCUCUUCGACCCAUUGUACAUGGCCAGACUUUGAAGUAUAAUAUGAAAGUGAGAGCUGGUAGGGGGUUUUCUCUCGAAGAACUCAAGGCUGCUGGUAUUCCAAAGAAACUAGCUCCCACAAUAGGAAUUGCUGUUGAUCACCGUCGUAGGAAUCGCUCCUUGGAGGGUCUCCAAACUAAUGUUCAGAGGCUGAAAACAUACAAGGCCAAAUUGGUUGUCUUUCCGAGACGCGCUCGCAAGUCCAAGGCUGGUGAUUCUGCUCCUGAGGAACUGGCAACUGCUACCCAAGUGCAAGGACAUUUUAUGCCUAUUGUACGCGAGAAGCCAUCUGUGGAGCUUGUGAAGGUCACUGAAGAGAUGAAGUCAUUCAGGGCUUAUGACAAGCUCCGUGCGGAGCGUACAAAUGCACGCCAUGUUGGUGUCAGGUUGAAGAGGGCUGCAGAAGCUGAAAAGGAAGAGAAGAAGUAGAGUUUGCCACUGUCAAGUGGGUUUUUUUGAGUGGGAUGUGGAGUUCUUGUUGUUUCAUCUUGAACUGGGUUCUAUCAUAUUUCCGACAUUUAGUCUCUACCAUAACUUUUUAAAAUGCCAAUUGAGUUUUAGAAGUUUCAAGGAGUCGUAGUUUGCGGACAUGCUUUAAUAUAUUGAACAUGCUCAAGUUCUUAUUUGCA